AUGGCAAGACCCAACCCAUUCGACCAAGCGGGUCCGAUAUCCUUGCUAAUAUUUGCAUGGAUCUGGUCACUCUUUCAAAAAGCGAAAAAAGCUGGUGGUUUAAACCGUGACGACAUUUAUCCAGCCCCUGAUAAGGAUAAAUCACAAAAAAAUGCAGAUAAACUGGAAGAGUAUUGGGAAAAAGAAGAAGGCUCGACAGUUGUAGUGUUCACUAUUCCAGAGACAGAACCACUUGCACAAAAUUCUGCAGAAAAAUCUACAAAAAAUGGACAUCGAGAUGAGUCACGCGUCCAGAUCCAACGCCCAUCCUCCAGACAAUCUAGAGAAAAUGCAUCUUUGCUCCGUGCGAUUUUCAAGGCGUAUGGAACUUCUUAUUUUCUCACCUGGAUUCCAAUCUUUGUUACGGAUUGCUUAUUCAAAGUCAUCCAACCUCUCACCCUGCUCUGGUUUGUUAAGUCAUUUUCACCCCAAGAGGAAAACAAUGGGAGAAGUUGGCAAUACAUUUACGCCGCGUUUAUUACAAUUACCACGCUAUCAAUAACAAUGACCAGCAAUCCGAGUCAGUUUUGUUUACAGAGGGUAUCAAAUUGGAUGCUAAAAUUGAGUCAGUCGUGCCAAAUUCCUGCAAAACCUUCAAAGGGAAACAAUGAGAAACCAAACGAACCAAUCAAAAUUGAUGACGCAUUUGUGACCAAUUUAAUCAGCAAGAAUGCCAACGUUGAAGACAAGCUGGCCCAAUUUCCGUACAUUUUUAUUGCACCGAUUCAAUUCGUGCUGCUGUUUUACUUUUUGUGGCAAGAAUUUGGAUGGCCGUGCAUUCCUGGGAUUAUAUCAAUUUUUCUGUACAUGCCAUUUCAAUAUUGGUAUGCUGCAAAAUCUGGAGAAUAUCGAGGUAAAAUCAACGAAGCCAGUGGAGCCCGGACAUCUCUCAUAAAUGAAAUAAUUGCUGGAAUACUUACUAUCAAGACGUACACUUGGGAGAACGUAUUUCGAGAACAAGUCAAUAAAAAAAGAAAAUCUAAAGGUUCUAAUCUUCACGCUUUCCAAAUGGCCGUCUUUCUCACGUCGUCGCGGUUAAUUCCAUUUUUGACAUUUAUCUCCCUCGCUCUUUGGGGAGGUCCGCUCACUCCGGAGAAAGUAUUUUUUGCCACAGCCGUCUACAAUACGGCGACACAUUACAUGGUUUAUCUUCUGCCAGGGGCGUGUAAAAAUGUAGGAGAAUUUUUAGCCUGCAUAAAAAAUAUUCAGGAAUUUCUACUACUGCAAGAGAAACAUGAUUCCGAAGGGUACAAAAGGUCCGACCUGUCAGAGAAAGUUCCUAAGUUCCCAUCAAUUAAUUUAGAAGACGCGGUUGCAGAAUGGGAAUCAGGGAAAGGUAUCAAAUCGAUCAGUUUAACCAUUUCUGAUCCAAAAUUGGUGAUGGUGGUUGGAGAAACAGCUUCCGGAAAGUCGUCAUUUCUGCAACUACUUCUUGGCGAAUUAUCCCUAAUCUCUGGGAGGUGCAAGAUUCAUGGAAAAUUAAGCUACUCUGCCCAAAAACCUUGGAUUUUUCAUGACACUGUAAAAAACAAUAUUCUCCUUCAUGAAGACCAAGAUCGCACGACGUAUAAUUGGGCCGUAUCUUUAGCAAUGUUGAACCAAGACUUUCAAGCUCUUGAACAUGGCGACGAAACAAUCGUCGGUGACGGUGGAAGUGGCUUAUCAGGUGGGCAAAGGACUCGUGUCGAUUAUGCGAGGACGUUAUACCAACAAGGCGACAUUCUCUUGUUGGACGACCCACUUUCUGCUCUGGACGGAAAUGUGGCUCGAGACUUGUUACGUGGUCUAAAGGAGGAUAAAGAAUUGGCAAAAACGUUACGAAUUUUGGUCACAAACAAGUUGCAAUAUUUGAAAGAGGCGGAUUAUAUUGUGGUCAUGCAUGAGGGAAAAAUUACAAGUUAUGGAACUUAUCAAGAACUGGAGGGUAAAGGAGACGAAAUUUUGGUCAAGGCAAACGCUGGAGGAGAAGACGUUGACAGUUUGACUUCUGAGGCUCAAGAAAGCAACACUACAGAAAAUACUGUUACCAGCAAAAUUGUAAAAUCUGAAAAUUUUGAAAAUAGCGAUCAAAAAUCUCGUGCGAGUGGAAACAUUGGACUGAAAACUUAUCUAAAAUACUUCACAGCAGCAAAUCGUUCAUUCCAAUUUUCUUGGCAUGUUUUAAUGUUUAUCAUAUCACAAGUAUUUAUCACCGUGAUUGAAUAUUGGGUCGUUUUAUGGACUAUGUCGCAAUCGGAGAGUUCCGUUCGUUCAUUUACCAGAAAUGGAAACCACACUGAAAUUGCAUCAAAUGACAAUGGUUCUGAAAAUGUUACAGAUUUUUCGAAACAAGGAGAUGACGAUGGUACGACAAUUUCGCCAUUUUUGCAAGACGACCCUCAAAUCAUUCAUGGGGCAACCAUGACUGUUCCCAUUCUCUGGUUGGAACUCCAACUCCCAAUUUACUCCCAAGACACGUACAUGACCAUCUACUCAAUCCUAACGGGCGCCGUAUUCGUCACAAAUCUUUUCAAAGCGUUAGGAUUUUUCAAUUAUUGCAUAAAAAUCUGCAAUAAUAUGCACCGGAAAAUGGCGAAUGUUCUUGUUCGGGCGAGACCUUCGUUUUUUUCUAAAACUCCUGGGGGAGAAAUUCUCAACUAUUUUUCAAAAGACAUGGACAUUGUUGAUGAAGCCAUUCCAAUGUCAUUUUUUAACAUGUUAACAAUUUUUCUUCAAAUUGGAACCGUCAUUAUUUUGCUGGUUCUUGCAAACGUUUGGACUAUUCCGGCCAUUUUGAUUUUUAUUGUUAUGUUGAGCAGUAUUCGGAAAUAUUACGUUACGACGUCGAGAGAUUUGAAGAGGAUUGAUGGAGAAGUUCGUGGCGAAGUCUGCUCCAAAUUGGCGUGUUAUGAUGGUCUCCCUACGAUCAGGGCGGUCGGCGCAGAAAACAGAAUGUCGAAACGGUUCGAUGAAACCCAGCCAAAACUUGUUUCAGUCUGUGGGUCGAGUUAG